AUGGACCCCUCCCAAGUCAAAAUCCCGCCCAUGAAAAACCAAACGGUGGACAACAUCACCGACAAUGUAAUUACCAUCAACUCACUCUGCGAAGACGAGCGCAUGAAAUAUGUCCUCGAGCGUCUCGUCACACACCUCCACGACUUCGCCCGCGAAACCCGUCUCAGCAGCGAAGAAUGGAUGACCGGCCUCACCUUCCUCAAAGAAGUAGGCCAAAUAUCCUCCGACGUCCGCCAGGAAUUCAUCCUGCUCUCCGACGUCCUCGGCCUAUCAAUUCUCGUCGACUCAAUCGACCACCCCAAGCCCAAGGGCUCAACAGAAGGCACAGUGCUGGGUCCCUUCCACACGCACGACGCUGAGGAAAUGCCCGCCGGCGACUCCAUGUCCCACGAUCCAAAGGGCGAGCCAUUGCUCGUCGUUUGCACGUUGAAGGAUAUGGAGGGGCGGCCGGUUGAGGGCGUCAAGAUUGAUAUUUGGGAGACUGAUUCUACGGGACAUUACGAUGUACAGUAUGAGGGACGAGAUGGUCCUGACAAUCGCUGUAUUAUGCGGUCGGAUGGGAGUGGUGUCUUUUGGUUCAAGGCUAUUACACCGGUGCCAUAUCCAAUUCCUCACGAUGGGCCUGUGGGUCGGUUGUUGAAGAAGUUGCAUCGUCAUCCGUACCGUCCUUCGCAUAUGCAUUUCAUGUUCGAGAAGGAGGGUUACGACCAUUUGAUUACUGCGCUCUACCUUCGCAAUGAUCCCUAUGAGACCUCUGACGCUGUCUUUGGUGUAAAGGAUUCUUUGAUUGUGGAUAUUGGCAAGGCUGGCCCAGAGCUUGCCAAGAAGUAUAACGUUUCCGAGGACCAUGCGGUGCUCACAUAUGACUUUGUGCUUGUGUCUGAUGAGGAGACGAAGCAGCUGCGUGCUCAUAACUCAAAGGUUGCGCUGGAUAAGCUUGGACGGAAAGUGAAGAUUGUCAAUGGGCUCCCUAUUCCAGACUUGGACUAA